AUGAGGCCUUCGUCCCUCCUUAUGCGCCCGGCUCAGCCGAGUUCCCAGAAGAAGCGACAGACACGGCGCGGAUGCGUCGUUGCUAGACGUUUCGUGUCGAUUGAACCAGCCGUCAGAGGCCCGGCCAACUUGUCACAACUCAUCCGUAACGACGCAACGAGGAGGCUUGCUAAUGCAGCGUCAUAUGCUGAACGAACCGUACUCCGGAAGAGCCCUCCACCAUGCGUUCACGCUCCGUCUCAGUGCACUCAAGACAUGCCCUGGCACAAUGCGAAGCAGCAUUUGCGACUGAUCGCGCUCAUUGGUCGUUUGGUGAAGUACCCCAUGGCUCGACAUGAUACGGCACGCUGCAGCCUUUCACGAGCGGAUAUUGUUCUCUGA